UUCCAAAAAAAAAAAAUAAUAAUAAAACAACGUCUGAUCAACGAAGAGCCCUUGCGUUUUCUGAAGUUCGCAGCAAAGUAGUUCUGAAAUGGCCAUCUCUGCUUCAUCCCUUCCCCACAGAACUUGUCCUUGCUUUCUCUCUUACGCCCCACUUCUUCUUUCUCCUCAAUUUUUUUUCCAGCUCCUCCACCUAAUAAGAGCUAUGAGAGAGUGGCAAGAGUAGUAGUAGGCAGUGAAGCACAAAGACCUUGCUAGAGCUCUCAGGUUCUUGAAAUCAAUUGAGAAAGACAAUGGUGUCUCAGUUGAGUAGAAGCUCAAAGAUGGUUCUUUGUCUAUUGAGUCGCCUCGGCCCCAACUCGGAGAGCUGGGGUUUCUUGGACCGAGGGUUCUUGUCCAAUGUUGGAAGGUUUAGCAGUAUAGCUUGUACACCUUAUGUAGUUCUGGAGUGGCCAGGAGACGUUACACCAAGUGUAUUGAAGUCCUCUACUGGAGCCAAAGGCAGCUUGAGCAAAAUCAAGCAUGGAGUCCAGGCAAGUAAGCAAGACUUGGUUUCACCUGUCAUGGGUUUUGAUUGUUUGGAAAUAGGACUUGAGCUUCAUACUGGGGUUUUCAAUGCUGAGAAGCAAAAGAAGAUUGCGGAAUGCAUAAUGAUCUACAGAGAAUCGGUCGGAAAGGACAGCUUAGAGCACUCUAACCAUCAAGGCAAGGAGCAUGCCAUUUUGGUAAACUUGAUGUUUAGGGAAAUGGCUCUUUAGUAAUUAGUACAUUAAUUGGUUUUAAGCUUAUCAUAAGAAAGUAUAAAAUAGAGAUGAUGUUGAUUUAUAGAUUUACAGUUGAAGUUCAUUGAAUUGCUUGAAAAUUGUUCGACUAUCUUAGUGACCCUUUUUACUUUAAUGUAUGCAGAGUGUACAUAUUUGGAACCUAGAAAAUGGAUGCGUGGGAAAGGGCUUGUGACAAUACAAUUUAGUCGCUGAU